AUGGUGGCGUGGCGAGCUCUGGCGAUCGCGGCCCUCUUGGGCGUCGUUGUCGCAGCGAAGAAGACGGACUGCACCAAGUGCCACCGGACGUGGAAGCACCGGUCGGCGACCAAGCACCACGCGUGGACGCAGGACGAGACGGACCUGGCGCUGCUGCCAAAGCACUUUGACUGGUGCGAGCAAGGCAUGUGCACCACGUCGUGGAACCAGCACAUUCCGCAGUACUGCGGGUCGUGCUUUGCGCACGGGUCGCUCUCAAGCGCCAACGACCGCAUCAAGAUCAUGAACCACAAGCUGGGCAUCCGCGGCCCCGACGUCAUGCUCGGGCGCCAGAGCUUCCUCAACUGCGCGCCGGGCCACGGCCUCUCGGACGGCUGUGGCGGUGGCGAGCCCGCGGACGUGUACGAGUUCAUGCGUGUCUACGGCCUCCCGGACGAGACGUGUCUUCCGUACAAUGCGACCGACCACACCAAGUACACCAACGGCACGUGCCCGCCC